AUGGCUGAAAUAGCUCCUUAUGAUUUCAUCAAAUCAACCACAGCCGUCCAAUUAAACGGUGACCCCACCAGUUUUUUCAGUCUCUACAUUCAUUUUGCUCUUCGUUACAAGACCAGAGCGCUUCAAUUUACACCCACAAAUGACCCGCUACCAGUGGUCCAAAUCGGGUCUGAAACGGUUUCGGGUUCCCGAGAGAUGAUGGUUCGGUUCAUUGACCUGAAGUUUCCGCAGCCGCCAUUGGUGGUGGCAGUGGAGGAAGAAGGAGGUAAAACGGCGGCGGCGGUGAUGAAAAUGGUGGUGUUGCAACAUAGGAGUAUGGUGUGGCAUUUGGAGAGGAUGGUGAGGUGGAGUGAGGAUUUGGUGACACGUGGUGGGAGGAGGAACGGUGAUCCGGGAAUGGGGAGUGAGAGGAUGGAAGUGAGGAAGUUUCAAAAGAGUUACCAACAGUUGUUAGAGGUCAUGGUUGAGCACGCGCAGAUGGAGGAGCGUGUGGUUUUUCCUCUUCUGGAAACGGCCGAGAGAGGGUUAUGUAAAGCAGCAAAUAUGGAGCAUGGAAGGGACCUGCCCAUCAUGAAUGGAAUCAGAGAAGACAUAAAAUCAAUUGGAGUUCUAGAAACCGGAAGCCACGACUACCGAGAGGCUCUUCGAAACCUUUUGACUCGCCUCAAAUCAUUGCUGGAACAUAGUAAAGAGCACUUCCUGGAGGAGGAGAGAGAUGUAUUGCCAUUGAUGGAAGCUAUGGAGCUAAGCAAAGAUCAGCAAUUGAGGGUAUUGGAGCAAUGUAUUGAUGUGAUGCAAGGGACCCACUCGCAUUUGUUCAACUUUUUCAUAGAAGGUCUUCUGCCUCGAGAAGCCAUGCAGUACUUGGAUUUGAUUGUAAAUUGCAAAGACGAAAAACUCGUGGCCUCCAUGCUUCGCAGGAUUAUCGAGUAG